AUACGUUUUGCCGACUCGAAAUCACAGCCACUGCAGUUCUGCCCCUUAACGAAAUGCUACCCAUGAAUACCACAACUAUAAGAGGCUUGUUGGCCUCUGUCCAUCACUGGUGUCGCUCAAAGCAUCUAUACACUUAGCAGAUACGUCCUACAUGCUCUACCAAAAUACACACCACCUACAACUUCAACACACAGCCAAGUCGAUUUGAAAAUUACAAUGAACGUUCUACCUCGAGCCAACGACGUCCUCAAUAUCAACCCUCCGGUGGGAGUGGACAAAGCUCUGUCUUUGCAUGGUUCGGACUGGCUUUGGGCUGUCACGGCCAUCUAUGCAGUUUCUUUCCUCGGCUUGUUAGUCUUCUGCUUCGUUGCGCCUCCUAGCAAUAGAGUCUUCCACUAUACCUUCACCAUGGCCCUCCUGGUUGGCACCGCGACCUACUACGCCCAAGCUUCCGAUCUGGGUUGGAGCGCCGUUGAGCAAGUCAACCAACUCACCCACGGCUCGACCCGUCAGAUCUUCUACGCCAAAUAUAUCAACUGGGUUGUCACCUUCCCCUUAUUCGCUCUAUCACUCGGUCUGUUGGCGGGAGUCUCAUGGACUACCAUUCUCAGCAACGUCUUUCUCUCGUGGUUCUGGGUCCUCAUGUACCUCGCUGCCGCUUACACAACCACCACCUAUAAAUGGGGCUUCUUUGCCUUUGGCACGUUUGCAUGGAUCAUCCUCGCAAUGAGUACGCUUAACGAGAGCCAUGAAUCAGCAUCCGCCCUUGGUAUUGGCCGCGACUAUAUGGUGUUGUCAGGGUGGCUGAACUUCUUGUGGCUGCUGUACCCUAUUGCGUUUGGUCUAAGCGAUGGCGGUAACCUCAUCAGCGUUACCGAUAGCUUUGUCUUCUUUGGUAUCCUGGACUUGCUCAUGCUGCCGGUGUUGAGUUUUGCGUUUGUGGUUAUGGGUCGCAACUGGGACUUUGUCAAGUUGAACAUUGCCUUUAGUGAGUAUCGUGGACAUCGACCGGGUGAAGCCUUGAUUAAGGACGAUGUUCCAGAGGUAAAUGAUACGGCCACAAGCUCUUAAGGACCGAUGAAUGAGACUAUUGGCUGACAGAUUGGGUUGAAUGUUACUUUUCUGUUCGAGGAAGGUUGCUUGAAGGGCCAGGAUGAGUAUGCUUGUUGUGGAC